AUGACAACAACAGCUCAAUCAUCAUUACCAUUAAAGUUGACCUCAACAACAGCAACAUCAUCAUCACCUUCGCCUUCGCCUCCACUAUAUAGCACCGGAAUCAACAGCAACAGCAACACCAACACGGCCAACGAAUGGAGUACGAAUCCAUUCUCGUAUUCUACAGAUAAUGAAACUGAUCCUCUGAUCCCUUCAUCAUCAUCUUCGACUGGUCUUGCACAUACAAAUUCGAUUUCACCUUCAUCAUCCACACCAUCAUCUUCUAGAUCUCCGAGGGACAAGAUCAAGAUGGAUAACAAUGGUUAUUCACAUCUGUCGAAUGGUAGAUAUGGAUAUGAUCAUGACGGAAAUCAAAAUCAAAGUUCCAGGUGA